UUUUUGCCUCUAAGAUAAAAUGAUCCAUAAAAUGUAAAUGAAAAUAAUAAUAUAAAUUAUUGCAAUAAUAAUAGUAAUAAUAAUCCCUCUGACAAUUACUAAAAUGAUUAACAUUAAUUAGCAUCAGCUAACAUAUUAGUAGUAGUAUAUUAGUAGUAACAAUGCUACUACUACUACCACUACUGCUACUACUAAUAAUAAACCUCUGACAAUUGCUAGCACUGCAAUUUGCGAAACAUUCUCAAAUUUAGAGUCUGCAUAGUCUGAAAUAUUAUUUUGCCAUUUAAGCAAAAUGUCAUUCAUAAAAUGGCUUUUAAAAGAUACCAACCAAUGCUAAUAUAAUAGGGUGAACACAAAAGGGAAAAAAAGAAUUGGCUAUUAUUUUACAUUUAGUUAUGUAAUGAUUGGUUGAUUAAUUGACAGAUAUUGUUAAAAGGAAAAUAGUUCAAUCCAACCUAAGUGAAUGGCUGUUUAUUUUUCACAUAAAUAUUAAUCCUAAAUUUAAACUGUAGGUGCAGAGACACACUCAGGGUGUUAAUCAUGAGUAAAGCUAAAUUAUCUCACAUCUAUUGACACUGACGUAAGCCUGUACAGAUAGUGCAUUUGACAACACAGAGCACACAUCCAUCCCUUAUUAUCAUGCAUCCAGCCUCAGACGGAGGGGAGGAGAGAGAAAGAGAGAGAGAGAGAGAGAGAGAGAGAGAGGGGCCAAGCGAGUGGCGCAGCAGCACUUAGGCAGAUUGGACAUCAUCUCUGGAGGUGGGAGAACGCAAGCGCGCUACCGCAGCACGCAGGAGCUGAAUGAUCACCAUGGCAACAACAGCAUCAGCAUCAGUACCAGCAGCAGCAGCAGCAGCAGCAGCCGUGAGCCGCUCAUGCCCGUGUCAACACUGAGACCUGCUCCUGCUCUCAACACACACUCCCUCCCUAUCAACUUAAUGACAUAGGAUCAAAGCGGGUGCGCGGAUCACGCCUCUGGGUCGCGCAGCAGCGUCGUCGCACAGGCAGGUGAUGGAAUAGAUGAUGUCGGACGUACAGGGCACUGUGGAGUUCUCGCUGGAGCUGCACAAGUUUCACAAUGUGGAUCUCUUCCAGAGAGGUUUCUAUCAGGUGAGGGCAGGUCUGCGUGUAUCUCCUCGAGUUCCCCACAGAAUCACUGCCACAACACCUGGAUACACAGGCGAGUGCAGUUUCAGCAGCGCAGGGGUUCACGAUGGCGGCGUGUUCAGUCGGAUCUUUCAGAUCCUGUACAGGAAUGAAGAGGUGACCCUGGAGGACCGCAUGAACUUCAGAGUGCACCUGCUGCUGGACGGCGAGAGGGUGGAGGAAGCUGUGAGUGAGGUGGACGUCCAGCUCAAACUAGAUCUGCACUUCACUGACAAUGAACAGCAGCUGGCAGAUCUCUCUUCAGUGCCUCUGAUUAGCAGCAGGACGUUAGGUUUGCACUUCCAUCCACACCAAGGCCUACACCAUCACCUACCCGUCAUGUUUGACUAUUUCCACCUGUCCGUCAUCUCAGUCUCAAUCCACGCCUCCCUGGUGGCACUGCACCAACCACUGAUCAGUUUCGCACGCAGUGGAAAGGGGGCGUGGCUGGGUAAAGGCUCUCCAGAGAGUGAAGCUCCGCCCUCUGCGAUGUCAGUGGAGAAUCUGAUGUUUGGGGCGGGAUAUUGCAAACCUGUGCCAACAGAGGGCAGUUUUUACGUGCCGUCGGAGAACUGUCUGCAGAGAGGUUACACGUGGCACCGGCGCAUCUGUAAACUGUUGCUGGCGGCUCACAGAGCUCUGCGCUCCUAUUACACGGCGCUAAUGAAGGAGAUCCCUCAACUGCAACACAUCGAAAUGGAGGACCUCCCGCUUGAAGAAACAUUAAACCAGCUCACCAUUGAACUGCAGUUGCAGGGUGGUCAUGAGAAGGUAGCAGAACAGAUCAGUAAAGAUCUGACGCAGCUCUGUGCUCAGCUGUCUGCUCUUUGGACACAGUUUUUGGAAGCCACGGUCCCUAAUCCACAUAUCCGCUCACAUCUGGCCCAGGAGCACCACACACUCAGGGUCAGGAGAUUUUCUGAAGCAUAUUUCUUCACUGAACAUCCCAAAGAGUCCUCACUCACAUUUCAGGAGGAGCUUAUCAAUAGACAUGCACAGGUGGCCACAGAGAUGCGCAGCUCUGACUACCUGCUCCGAAUGCCUCCACUUCCUGUGGAAUGCCUGGACAUCGACGGAGACUGGAACAGCCUGCCAAUCAUCUUUGAGGACAGAUACGUGGACUCACCCUGUUUAGACUACAACCUCCAUGUGCAAAAUCAAAGCAUCUUAAACUCUCAGCCAUGUCCUGAGCCAAUAAGGAUGGAAGACCAAACCAUCAGUCCGGUUGAGGAAACACAGGACACCAAUUCACCAGCAACAACCCCUGAGGAACUUCCCUGUGAAGAUUACAUGGACUUGCCCACAUACAUGGCCGUGAUUGGCCGGCAGGAGGACUCCAUCAUUGACUAUAAAGAGACGAGAGCUCAAGCAGAGACUCUGAUUGGCCAUGUGGGUGAGACCGAUAUUGAUAGAAGCGAAUGUAUCACAACCUCAGAUUCAAGAAUUGAUUCUGUUGAUAAGAUCACAUGCCAAUAUGAAACUGAGGAAGGAUUCAAUGUUGACUGUAGGUCUGUAAACUGUGAUGAAGCAAUAGAUACAGGUAACCAGGAGAAAACUAGUUGCCAAAAAGAAUCAGUUUACUUUGUUGAAUCUGAUCAUGCAGGUCUAAAACAAACAAAUAUUACUGAUUUUAGUAGCGGACAAUCGUUGCUGCUUGUUCCGACGGAUGCUGCAGAACUUCCCGACCUCACCAGCCUUGACAGCUUUGAGUUCCUGCCCACUCAUAACCAUGACAACCAUCUUGAAACACCAGGCAAUACUGGGAGUCUUGGCAGCGACGAGCCACAGUCGGUAUUAGAUAACAGAUACAUUGAAGCACCUGCAAAGGAUUAUGGGAGCAAGGAUACAACACCAGCUAAUCUACUAAACACCAACUCAAUGGGAACUGACACUUUAGCCACGUCUCCUUCUCGUAAUGUUCUACAACAGAACCGUCGCUUGUCCGAAACUCCGCCCAAGGGCGUAUUCUUGGGCGGGGCUAAGCUAAUGAACCGCUCCUCCUCCGUGAUCUCGGACUCCGGUAUUGAGAGCGAGCCAAGCUCUGUGGCCUGGACCCUGGAGGGUCGAGGAGUUGUCGCAGGGGGUCGAGACGUCUUGCAAAACUUGGCGCGUCGUCGGCCAGGGCAUCAGAGCUCUUUGGAGGGCCUACAGACGGAAAGUCAUGGAAGCCUGCCCAGCGCCACACAGGCCUCUUUGACUUCCAUAAGCUCCCUGCCAUAUGAAGAGGAGGAGGAGAGACAGCUCAAUACUCUGACCAAAUCUGCCUCAGCACCGCAGAUCAACAGCCCUGACGACACCGAGGAGGAUCGUGAAACACCCAAUCAGGAAAAGAGGAAUGUUUGCGUGACCAAUCAGCAGAGUCUGAGUGAUGAAUCAGCCAAUGAGGUGAAGCAGAAUGUUCAAAGCAUUACUACAGAGGACAGAGAGGAAACAACCAAUCAGAGCUAUGAUUGGGUGGCCAAUCAGCUGAGGCAGAUUGAGGAAGCAGCCAAAGAGGUGAAGCAGAAUCUUCAAGGCGUUACUAGAGAGGACAGAGAGGAAACAACCAAUCAGGAGAAGAGGAAUGUUUGUGCAGCCAAUCAGUUGAGGCAGAGUGAGGAAGAAGCCAAUGAGGUAAAGCAGAAUCUUCAAGGCGAAACUAGGGAGGACAGAAAUGAAAAAAACAAUCAGGAAAUCGACAAGGAUGAGUUGUCCAAUCAGGAAACAGUAAAUCUUAAUUUUGCCAAUCCAGAAAUGUUACUAUACCAGCAAUUUGUUACGCAUAAUGGUGUUGAAAAUGCCACAGUGGAGGAAAUGGCUGAAAACUCACAGGAAUGUAGACCAGAGUAUUCUGGUCUCAUGAAUGACAACACAGAGGUUUGUAGAUGUGAAAAUGAAUAUUGCGAACACAAGGGGGCGCUAGAAUCAAACACAUAUCAAAAGGACCCUGACGACAUCAGUGUCUGUCACAUUCAUUUGAAUGAACUUGAGGAAAUAAGUAUGGAGAACCUUCCAGAUUCACCAAGCAGUGACAAAAGUAGUCAUGAAAUUGUGGCCAAUGAGAAAGAAAGGUCUAUUGAUCUCAUUAAGCUACCAGCCAAUGAGAGAGAGCAGCAGGCAAUAGAUGGGCAGAGCAGAGCCAGUAAUGUGUCAAGUACAGGUCUGGCAUUCAUGAAUAAAAAGGUGGUGGAGGUUGUCAACCUGUCGGUGUCAUGUGCACCCACGUGUCUGCCUUUCUCGUCCGUACUACGCGAUUCGCCAUCAGUUAGCGGAAUCUCCACACGCCAGGCCACCUCCCCUAUUACCCAUCAACCCCUGGGCUCCUUUGGAAUAAUCUCCUCGAACUCUUUCAUCGGUGCUGAUCAGGAAAUCAAUGAGAGAAUGAUUAACUUCUAUAAGGCAAAGGAAGCCUUGCUGAGGGAGCUGGUGUUCAGAGGCACUCUCUACAGUGACCUGCCUUACCUCGCCUCCGAUCAUCCAUACUUCCCUCCUGAGGAAGACGACACUGAGUUUGAGGACGGGAUACACCUCGUGGUGUGUGUCCAUGGACUUGAUGGUAACAGUGCAGAUCUGCGGUUGGUUAAGACAUUUAUAGAGCUUGGGCUGCCUGGAUCUAGACUGGACUUCCUCAUGUCAGAACGCAACCAGACAGACACAUUUGCAGAUUUUGACACCAUGACUGACAGACUUCUGGACGAGAUAAUUCAGCACAUCCAGCUGUAUAACCUCACCAUCCACCGGAUCAGUUUCAUCGGACACUCUCUGGGGAACGUCAUCAUCCGCUCUGUGCUGACCCGACCCAGAUUCCGCUGUUACCUCUGUAAACUCCACACCUUCCUGUCCCUGUCUGGACCCCACCUGGGAACACUGUAUAAUAACAGCACGCUGGUCAGCACAGGUCUGUGGCUAAUGCAAAAACUGAAGAAGUCUGGUUCCCUACUGCAGCUUACGUUCAGAGACCACACCGACCCACGACAGACCUUCCUCUACACGCUCAGCAAGAAACCAGGUCUGCAGUUCUUCAGGAACGUGGUGUUGGUGGCCUCUCCACAGGACAGAUACGUGCCCUUCCACUCGGCCCGCAUUGAGAUGUGUCGGACGGCGCUUAAAGACAGAACCACAGGUCCAGUAUAUACAGAGAUGAUCAAUAACUUACUCCAGCCGUUGCUGAGUGCUCCAAACUGUCGUUUGAUCAGACAGAACGUGUUCCACGCGUUACCGAACACGGCCAACACGCUGAUCGGACGUGCGGCGCACAUCGCGGUGCUCGACUCUGAACUCUUCCUGGAGAAGUUCCUUCUGGUGGCCGGGCUCAGCUACUUCAAAUAGACAUCAUGCCUUGAGUUGCGUGGCAGAGCCAAUCAGAUUACACGUAACGACAGCCAAUCGCAUUUCAUUUCGGAGUCAUAAUGAGCUCUGGAAUUUUUUCCAGUAAGUUCAGUCUUUGGACUCAAAGGAAAAAAACAGAAAUUGAAGAUUCAGACGGUGAAUCUGAACACAUACAUGUAAAAUCUGUACAGAAAGAACAUUGUAUACUAAGCAAAUAUAGAGGAAACUAACAGCUGGAGGCCUACACAAGCCUUAACAAAGCUUUAUGGCGUAGUAACUUAACGUUGAAUAAUCCUAGCUGGAAAUUUUAUCUUUUGAAUGUAAAUUCGGUGUGUAGCUGGUGUUGUAAAAACAGCCUUGGUUCUUCAUUCCCUCCAGUCACCGAACGUAUAUUUGCUGCGCCGUACAUAACUUGAAGAGGUCAAUAUCACUGGACUUUAUACUUGAAGAGUAAAUUGGGUCACUGGCGUUUGAGUCUGUGUUUUCAUGUUUCUUUUUACUAAGUCAUUCUUUUGCAGUUUGAGUGUUUCGACUGUGUUAUGUUGUGAAGUAAGAGUCUCACUGUGAAAUAAGCCAAAUCCAUUGUGUUUUCUGUAUUGUGAUGGAAUACAUUCUGUCUGUUUUCCCCCGUAAACAUGUUCAUUAGAUGCGCAGAGAACAUGAUCUGAAUGUGUUUACCAUUCCAGCCUUAACUAUCACAAAGUGAGUGUUUCUGAACAUCUCCAAUUCUAUUGUUUCAACGUUACGUUCAUUCAUUUUAAAUGGUUAGUUCACUAAUAUGAACAUUCUGUCAUCAUUCACCCUUCAUGUCGUUCCAAACCCGUUCUUCUUUCUUCCAUGGUACACAAAGUAGUGUAGUAUCCAUAAAUGACAAUAUAGCCCUAUAGAAACAUGAUAAAAGCAGUCAUUAUAAGCUGAUUUCAAAAUGAUACAUUAUUAUAAGACACUUUCAAAUUAAUUUGCAGCUUUUCAACAGUUUAUAUGGAUUCAGGAUGACUACAUAUUCAGGAUUGGAUGGGCUCAAAUAAAUGGGACAGAAUAAUAAAUGUGCCAUCAUCACACUUACUAGAAAAUAUACUUCCUUAUCUUGUUCUUUUGUAAAAUACUCUUAAGAGAAGACGUUCAUACUCUACUUACUAUGUUUGCAGGACAGCACAAUACUUGAAAUGCAACUGGUCUUCUUUCUUGCAUACUGAAAUGUGGUAGUUUCUUUUCUUCAUUUUUUUUUUUUUAUAUGAAUCCGAAUAUCUAUAGCCAUCUUUACACUGCAAAAGAAGCACAGAAAUUGAUUUUGUGCACAAAUGACAGAAACUAUGUUUGUAAGAAAAGUCUUUGAUUGUAUGGAAAGUUUUAAAACGGGUCGUAUACAGAAUUCAGUGCACACUGAGGCGAAGUCAAAAAUCUACACUGAAACUACCGUUGAAAAGUUUGGGAUUGAUACGAUUUUUUCAUGUUUUUGAAAGAAUACUUUUAUGCUCACCAGGGCUGCAUUUAUUUGAUCAAAAAAUACAGUAAAAUAGUGAAAUAUUACAAUUUAAAAAUAACCUGUUUCUAUUUUAUUAUAUUGUAAAAAUUAAUUUAUUCCUGUGAAGCAAAGCUGGAUUUUCAGCAUCAUGAAGACUGGAAUAAUGAAAGUAAUUCUGAAGACUGGAGAGUCUUCAGACGUGCUUUCAUUAUUCCAGUCUUCAGUGUGCUGUUUAAUAUUUUUGUGCAAACUGUAACACUUUUUUUUUUUUUUUUUCAUAAUUUUUUGAUGACUAGAAAGUUCAAAAGAACAGCGUUUAUUUAAAAUAGUUUUUUAAAAACAUUCUAAAUGUCUUUACUAUCACUUUUGAUAAAUUGAAUGCAUCCUUUCUGAAUAAAAGUAUUAAUUUCUUUCAAAAAAAACGGUAGCAUAUAUAAAACUUUAUCACCUUGCUUUUUAGCACUGAUAUUAAUUAUUUUUCAUUUUUAGAUUUGCCUUUUUCAUAUUUUAUUAUAUUUAUUAUUUCAGUUAGGAAGCGUUCAUUGAAAACCCCCCAAAAAUCGAGGGAAAUGUCCCAGUGUUUAUGGUGGUUGCAGCCCUGUUGUGUUUGUUUUAUAGAAUUUAUAGUCUGUUCUUUGUCGUGUAACAUGUUCUGCACAUUGUUUGGUUGUAGUAAGAAGCAAAACGGUUUAAAUUCACAUGUGGUUAUGUUAGCUUUUGGUUCUUUCUGGUCCGCACUGUACUCCUCUUGAGCAGCUUAUCUUAUUUAUUGUAUUGCAUCACACUGGAUUGACCUCGAUUUGAUCUCUUUGUGGCCCCAUAACACUUAGUUUUCCCAUAAAGUCUGUUCUUCAGCUGUCUGCUCCUCAAGGGUAACACUUACAAACAUCUCACUGCAGCCACACCUCACGUUUUCACCUCAUUCAGCAUCUUUAGCUCUUGUUUUCGGUGAGUUCUGGGUCUGAUUCAGCCGCUGUCAGCAGCGUGUGAUUGGGUUUAGAUCAGCGCCGCCGUGUCAGCAGAGUUAGAAGAUGCCCUUUCUGUCCCCGCUGAGCUUUUAUGUACGUGCUGAAUGCCGCUUGAUUAGUCGGUAAAUACGCUGUCACCGUGAUUGAUGCUAAUUUAACUCCGCCUCUCAGCACACAUCACUGUGUCACGUGACUCUGCUGCUGAAGGAGCCAUCAGGCAUAACGCACCAUUACCCAUCAUGCUCUGCUGCGCUGAGCUUGUUUGUUUGUUUGCUAGCUAAUUUGGGCUGAUGUCAGAGUUUGCUCACACAAGUCAAGCAUAUUAAUUACAGAAAUAGAGCUGAUCUGCGGUGCGAAUACUGACCAAGGGCAAAAGCAAGUGUAAAAUAUGGUUACUCAGAUGCUGGAAAAAAAGCGUAUUUGUCUCACAGUGGUAUAUUAACAGAACCUAUACAUUAAAAAAAUAAAUACUUUCUAUCCCCUUAAAGCAUUUAAACCCUUCAUUGACCCAUAUUCAGUGUUAUUUCUCUGGCUGUAUCAUGUUCAAUCAAAUGUUAUCAGUGAGAAAGUACAAAAAAGUGUUAAAUGGGUUAAAAAAAUGUGUUAUGAAGGACAUUUCAUGAUCUUUCCAUUUACAAUGUUACAUUUUCCAGUGUCUUUAAUUCAAUAAUCAAGCUGGUAACAGACAUCUAUAACACAGAUAACUCCCAUUCAAAUCAAAUAUUUAGGAGAGUGUGUGUUUCUACAAAGAGGCAGCUCGUCUCUUUAAAUGUUGGGUCUUAAUUCGGAGCCAUUUUUUCCAGCAUACAUUUGUGUUUUCAUCCAGAUCUGUGUAUUAAGCAAUGAAUGUGUAAACAGAUGAAAAUGUAUUCACUGUGAGACUAUAAAGUGUUCAUUUAAGUUUUUUUUUUUCUCUUUUUUUUUUUCCAAUAUGUAUUCUUGACAUCUGUGCCAAUGAUAUUCUGAUGGUUUUUUUUUCUAUGUUUGCUUUAAUUACUGUAUGUGUCCCUUGUAGUAGCUUAUGCCCAAAUAUAUAAAUACGUAUAUAUUCUGUGUACAAUAAGAAAUAUUACAUUAUAUGAUCAAAUGAAGUAUUACAAUAAAGAAUAUUCUUCUU